AAAAAAAACAAACUAAUGACAAAUCGUACGCUCCGCAGACUAACCCAGCACAGCAGAGACUUCGCGUCGCACUUGCUGCUGGUCCUGAUGAGUAACCUCUUCCUUUACACAUUAUUCUAUAUCGCUAUGAAGUUGCUGCACCGCGAGUCGAUACGAUGGUACAGUUGGGUGUUUAUAGCGCUGACGUAUACCGUCUGGUUCAGUUCGAGUUAUUUUUACUUGGACCUAAGCACCAAUUGGGCGCUGACUCCGGCGCAGUCGCGGCAGAGCAACCGCGUGUGCAGCCUCCUGCAGCUGUACGAUUCGCACGACAUCUGGCACUUCAUGUCCUCCAUCGCCAUGUUCUUCUCCUUCAACAUGUACUUGACG